AUGGUUUCCAACACUCGUUCCGUCGUCUUCGGGCUUAUGCUCAGCGCCGCCCAGCUCUCAAGCGCUUCACCAGCUGCUUCGGCCGAUACAGCCUUCUCAUCUCCCAUCUACCCAACCGCCACUGACUCCAUCCCCGCUCUGCCCUCGUCCACCGACGCGUGCCUUGCGAAAUGUAACGCUGCUCACGACAAGUGCAACACUGCGCCUGACGCCAACCACGCCACUUGCGCUGCUGAGUAUGCCGAGUGUAUUGGCUAUAACCCUUAUGGCGGCACUUCCUAUGUUGAGCCUACCGCCUGCUCGCACUCUGCUAAGCCUACUGCUACUGAGACAGCCAAGGCGGGUGAUUGCCUUGAGAAGUGCAACAAGGCUCAUGAUGCUUGCAAUGUAGCUCCUGAUGCCAACCAUGCUACUUGCGCUGCUGAGUGGGCUGAGUGCUUGGGCUACAACCCUUAUGAUGGCCCUGGUGGUUCUCUCGUUGAGCCUACUGCUUGCGCUCACUCCGGCAAGCCUACCAGCGCCCACAGUGCUACCGCUACUGCAUCUGCCCAUGCUGGCGAUUGCCUUGAGAAGUGCAACAAGGCUCAUGAUGCUUGCAAUGUAGCUCCUGAUGCCAACCAUGCUACUUGCGCUGCUGAGUGGGCUGAGUGCCUUGGCUACAACCCCUACGACGGCCCCGGUGGUUCCCUCGUUGAGCCCACUGCUUGCGCUGCCCAUACCACCAUGGCUUCCGCCACUGGCAAGCACAGCAUGGAGACCUCCAAGCCUGCUAGCACUGAGGCUUCCAAGCCUGCCAAGUCCUCGGAGCCUGCUGUUGUUGUCAACGGAGCCGGAAGCCUGUCUGGCAAGGUCGCUGGUUUCGUCGGUGCCAUUGGAGCCGCUUUUGCUCUUCUCUAA